AAAAAGAAAUAAACACCACGAUGACUUUUGGGGAUAGGUAAAAAACGAUAUACUUAAAUUACUCAAAGAAAUGUUUCACUAAGCAGACAGUGCCAACACGUCGACAGUGGGUGAUUCGUCGUGGCGACUGGUUGUCAACGUGUUAUGCAGCUUGUCACUUGCUAUGUAAACAGGUGACAUGAAGCAUUUCCAAUGUAGACGACGAGGACACAAGUGAGAUCGAGUGAUGGACAUCUCUCCUGUAGCUGGUGGCGGUCGUCACGAACAGAUGGCAUCAACACCAGUGGAUCCUCCGGAGGAUGUCCAACAGGAAACAAGUGCAACUCUCCUAGCAAAACAGAACUGGCUCCAGGCUCAGAUAGAUAACCAUAGGGCUGAGACACUAGCAGAGUCUUCAGCUGAUGAUGGGACUGAUGGAAAAACAGAAAUAUUGGCCGAUUUGGAAAAGAAACUUGUAGAUGAAUAUAUUGAGAAAGAUAAAAAGGAACUCAUCAUAAAAAGGAUGCAGAUGGGAAGCUUCCUUGUAAAGCAGCUGUUUGAACAGUCCACAUCAGAUGACAGUGACCCUGCGGAAAAAGAGAAGAAAGCUGUAAGAGUGAAAUAUUUAAAGGACUUACUUGACAAGCAGUGUGGACUUGUUAGUGGGAUAAUGAAGAAUCUAAAGGAAAUGGAACCUAAAAAGGAAAGACUGGUUGAGCUCAAGAAACAGACUUUCGAUCAAAUGAGAAUUAACAGACAGGACAUGGAGACACUCCACGAACGACAGAACCCAAAGCGAAUGGACAUCCAGGACCAGGAAACACAGGAUCUGUUUGAAGACCUGGACAAGAAUCUCCAGAAGAUCACAAUAGUGCGUAAUACCUUACAAGCAGUUAUUGUUGGCAGUGGCAUCAACUGGGCACAAGACCCAGCCAUGCAAGAACUUGUUCUAGAAAUGGGCAAAAAACUGGAAUUGUGACACCAUUUUUAACACAAGACACCAAACAUGGGCAUGUAGGAAUUAUCUGAAAUGCUGGAUUUGUGAUGAUAUUUGUACAGGAACAAUUUUAACUGCUUCAAGGUUACUCUUUUAAGCAUGUUAUAAGGAAAGUAAUCAAACCCCAAACACUCAAUCUUAGUUGUGUGGAUCUCUACCUUAUUCACCCAUUCACCCCUGAAAUUUCAUAAUGAACUAAUCCAACCUUUGAUUUGGAAGACUUCAAAUGUGUCGUCAGGGGUGAAUGAGUUAAAGUCAGUUUCAGGAGACCUUUUUCUUUGUACAGAAUAUGCAAAUGUUAUCUGAAGAAAGUCAGGGUUGCAUAUCUUGUAAAAACAAGUACUACACUUUAAGUAUACCCUAAUGAAAGAAAACAUGGCUAUGCCUUAUGUGUUCAUUAAUAAAUACAGUAGAGUGGUUUCCUUUAUCUGUAAGUUAACUGGUACCUUAUAGUAAUACCAAUGUAUGUGUAUUAGCCAAGUCUACACAAGACUAGAGUUCGUUAAAGAUAUUCUGAUUUUUUUUUUCAUUGUGGAACUCUUCGGAAACAAGAUACAUGACUAAGUAUUGUGACAUAUAUCCUGAAGUAGAGAACACUACGACUGCAGUCUUUUCUCUCCUAAGGGAGUGUUACUUGGAAGAGAAUAGAUUGAGUUCAUAGAAGGUACCAUAAUCAAAUAGCAAUUUUAGUAAUUUUCACUUCAUGAUGAACCUUGUCUUUCAUCUAACAGCACAAUGAUAAGCCAUGAAAGCCGACCACAGGGGCACGCAACUACUAUUAAUAUUGAUAUUGUUAAACUUUCAGUCGCUGGGUAUGUUAUGUAUUGGGAUAUAGCGUACCCAGCGACUGAAAGUCAAACAAGAUCAACAUUAGUAGUAGUUGGGUGCCCCUGUGAGCUGACCAGCCUAGACCUUGUAUAAAAACAAAUACAGCACUCUGCCCAUUUAAAAUAUCUGCAUUAUCAGAGGAUGUCAUGUAUUAGCCUCAAAGAUCUUCCAAAAAAAAUCGGAAGUAAUUUUUGUCAAUUGUGUGGUUAGAAGAGACUUCUGGAAGUAGACUUUAUUAAUUGGUGUUGUUUUCGGAUAAUUUAGUUAUAUGUUCUUGUCUUUGUUUGAUCCAUUUGUUAUGUAUUAUGUAAAUAUGUACAUAUAUGUAAUGACAGGUUACUUCCUCAUUAAGUAAUUAAUAAAAUGUUGAUAUAUUGCUUUAA